GCUGUGGUUUUUGAAGAACAGACGAAGAAAACACAGCGGGAGGAAAGAAACGAGGAAGUUUGUUGUGUGAUUCACACCAAGUAAACAGGGGAAAUGUUUUCUGUUUGUCUGCAAAAAAGGUUUUUUGUUUAAUCGCAAUUUUUUUUUUCUGUAGUUGUUACAAUAAACGGAGCUGAUUUAAGUGAGUCAUUCAGUCAUGGCUGAAGAACCAGCAGAAUUUAUCCAGCUACUUAGAAGCCAGAAGGCCAAGCUUAUAGAAAUUCUAAGUGGUGACGCUGACUUUGUGCUGCAGCAUGCAGACUCCCGCAAUCUGCUGUCUCCUCAAGGCUACGAGAAGGUGAAAUCUUGCCGUGUUCCUAGUGAGAAGGUGACAGACCUUCUGGAUCAUAUCAUCCAGAGAGGGCCUGCAAAAGCACAGGGUCUCCUGGAACUCCUGAAGGACCAGGAACUACAGGAAACCUUCCCACUGCUUCAUUUUGUCAAGGAUCUGCAAGUCAGCACACCUUCAUCAGGUAGAAUAGUCUGCUCAUUAUUUUUCAGAAAUCUCAUUCUUAGAUACUCAGAUAUGCAAACCAAGGAACCAGCUAGUCUCUGUGACCUGAAUGAGCCUCUUAUUGACCACUCAGAGGGUCAACACUUCUUGAAUGAAACCUUCAAAAUUAUCAUGGAGGAGGUGCUCCGCAAGGGCACAGAUAUCAAAGAGAAGGUCUGUGAGUGGAAGGAGCCGGAGGAGCUGGCUCUGCUGCUGGAUCUGGAGCUGAGGGCGACAGGGGAGCCACGGCACAGGCUCCUGCAGAGAGUAAAAGAUGUUGCUAAGUACAGCAUCAAGACAAGUCACCCACGUUUUUUUAAUCAGCAGUAUGGCGGAGUGGACUACCAUUCCUUGGCUGGACGAUUUCUCACCGAGGCUCUCAACACUAACCUUUUCACCUAUGAGGUGGCCCCUGUGUUCGUGCUGAUGGAGACUGAGGUUUUGAGAGGGCUGCGUCAGCUGGUGGGCUGGACAGAAGGUGAUGGUAUCUUCUGCCCUGGGGGGUCAACCUCUAACAUGUACGCCAUGAACCUCGCACGCUACCGACUCUUCCCAGAGGUCAAAAGCCAGGGGCUGUGGGGUCUCCCACAGCUAACUGUCUUUACAUCUCCAGAGAGCCAUUACUCGGUGAAGAAAGGGGCCGCAUAUCUGGGUUUGGGGACCGACAACGUCAUUUUGGUGAAAGUGGAUGAUGGGGGGCGCAUGAUUCCAGCUGACCUGGAUGAAAAGAUAGAGCUGGCAAAAUCUCAGGGUGCAGUGCCAUUCCUUGUCAGCUGCACAUCAGGGACCACAGUUCAGGGUGCCUUUGACCCACUGGACCACAUAGCUGAUGUCUGCCAGAAACACAAGCUCUGGAUGCACGUAGACGCUGCCUGGGGAGGGAGUGUGCUCUUUUCCAAGCAACACAGACAUCUGAUGAAAGGGGUUGACAGAGCAAACUCAGUAGCCUGGAAUCCGCACAAGAUGCUGGUGGCUGGCCUGCAGUGUUCUGUCUUGCUGCUGCAGGAUACAACGAACCUGCUGAAGCAGUGCCACAGCGCCAACGCCACAUACCUCUUCCAGCAAGACAAGUUCUAUGACGUCAAUCUGGACAUCGGGGAUAAGUCUGUGCAGUGCAGCCGCAAGGUGGACUGUCUGAAGCUGUGGUUGAUGUGGAAAGCUGUCGGCUCUGAUGGCUUGGCAGAGCGCGUAGACAGAGCUUUUAUCCACAUAAGGUAUCUGGUGGAGCAGAUGAAGAAAAGAGAAGGGUUCCAUAUUUUGGGUGAGCCAGAGUUUGUGAAUGUAUGCUUCUGGUAUAUACCACCCAGUUUGAGGGGGAAGGAAGGAAAUGCAGAUUACCAGGACAGACUGGCAAAAGUUGCUCCAGUCAUCAAGGAACGCAUGAUGAAACAAGGCACAAUGAUGGUUGGCUACCAACCUCUGGGAAACAGAGUCAACUUUUUCCGUGUGAUUGUGUUCUCGCCCCUCGUCUCACAGAAAGACAUGGACUUCUUUCUCAAUGAAAUUGAAAGACUGGGAAACGAUUUGUGACCGAAAUCACACCUUAUAAAAUGUGAAGGCCUUGUCCAUCCACAGAUAAUAGGCUGUGAGUUUUGAAAACCAGAAACCAAAAGAUUAAUAAUGAA